GUUUUUUUAAUCUUUUUUUACAGCUCUUAUUCAAACAUGGAAUCCUAUUUAAUGGAAAUUAAACAAUUGCGCAUACCACGCCCUAAAUAUGAACCCAGUGGUAGUAGUCCACCACGCAGUGAUUACUAUCCCUUGGCUAGACCCUUUACACCACCCAGAGAUUAUCAACUUACGAAUGAAUCAAUAUUGUCAUCACAUCAGCGUUCUUAUCAAGAGGGUGGUGAUGAUUUUCGACCAUCAGUGCAUCAGAAAAUUUAAAUUUAAAUUUUAAUUCAAUAAAUAUAAAUAGUAUUGUUUAAUUACUUAAGUGCUCAUAAUAUGAUAAACAAAUAUUUUUUUUUACAAACCAGGCAAAUAUUAUUAUUUUUAAUUUAAUUUUUAGCUUUGGUUUUGUUUUAAGUGUAUGUA